AUGGCAUCGACCGGAGGUAGAUGGAGAAACCCAAAUGCACCUAACGGUUCUGAAGACUCCUUGACUUGCAACUGCUCAUUCCUCAACGGCACGGUGUGUCAUGUCACAAGCAUUAAUCUCGCCAGAAAUUUCCUAACUGGUUCAAUACCUCCAGAAUAGGGAGCCUUGCCUCUUGUCUACCUCACACUUUCAAGAAACCGAUUAACUGGUUCAAUCCCCAAAGAAAUUGGAAACAUUGCUUCUCUGGAAAGACUUGUCGUCGAAAACAAUCAGCUUUCUGGGACAUUACCUCCAGAGAUCGGGAGUUUAUCGAAUCUUCGAUGACUGGUUCUCCAUUCAAGUGGUUUGGUUGGACCCAUACCAAUGUCAAUUGCUGGUCUUACGAAAAGGAGAGAACUAAAAAUCAGCAAUAUGACUGGACCCAGAUCUCCAUUUCCACCACUGAAGAAUAUGCAAAUAUUGAAGACGUUGUAA